AUGGCGACUCUUCUACCCCCUCCGACAAAGCGUCAAAAGACGGAGCAAGCUGAGAAGGCCCGUCAGCAGCAAGAAAUCCAGAGCAUCCCCGAUAAUCUUGGAAGCAUCCGGGUGCAAUUCUUCGACCAAGCGACGGGCUCGGCAACGGGCCCUGCGGUGUCAGUUCCUGUGGCCGAUGCGAACGUCAAAAAUCUUGAAACGCUCCUGAACACAUUACAAGGCAAUGAGGAUGAUGAACGAGUACCGUACCGAUUCAGCUACCAAUGCGAAGACAAAAACAAAGACAAAGACAACCAGACAAUCGACAUCCUCGCAGACCUAUAUCACUCCCUCUUGCAGCCCGGCGUUAAGACGACCGAAGACACCAUCCAUCUCUACUACACUCCUCAGGCAGUUUUCCGAGUGAAAGCCGUGUCGCGCUGUUCAGCCUCUAUUGCCGGUCAUGGAGAAGCAAUUCUAGCAACAUCGUUCUCUCCCGCUUCGUCGUCCACCAUGGUCACAGGGAGCGGAGAUGCGACUGCCCGUGUCUGGGAUUGCGACACCGGAACUCCCCUGCACACGCUCAAGGGACACACCAGCUGGGUUCUGGCGGUGGCCUACUCGCCCAACGGGGCGAUAAUUGCCACAGGAAGUAUGGAUAACACCAUUCGUCUGUGGGAUGCAAAGAAGGGCCAGGCACUGGGCGGGCCGCUGAAGGGACAUGCGAAAUGGAUCACCAGUCUGGCGUGGGAACCGUACCAUAUGCAGGAGACGGGCCGACCGCGGCUUGCGUCGGCGUCCAAGGAUUCGACUGUUCGUAUCUGGGAUGUGGUCUCUAAGCGAAUCGACAUGGUUCUGUCGGGCCAUAAGGGAUCCGUCACCUGUGUGCGAUGGGGCGGAACGGGGAAGAUCUACACGUCCUCCCACGAUCGAACUAUCAAAGUGUGGAAUGCGCAGAAUGGAACCCUGGCUCAGACGCUCUCUGCGCAUGCUCACCGAGUCAACCAUCUCGCUCUAUCGACGGACUUUGUCCUUCGGACCGCCUACCAUGACCACACAGGCCAAGUGCCCCAUAGCGAGUCAGAAAAGGUGGCUGCCGCUAAGAAGCGAUUCGAACAGGCGGCCACGAUCAACAAAAAGAUCGUCGAGAAGCUGGUCUCGGCCAGCGAUGACUUCACCAUGUAUCUAUGGGAACCGGAAAGCUCCGGUAAACCGGUGGCACGACUGCUGGGCCACCAGAAAGAGGUCAAUCACGUAACGUUUUCGCCGGACAUGGCAUAUAUUGCAUCGGCGGGGUUCGAUAACCACGUCAAACUGUGGAACGCCCGUGAUGGAAAAUUCAUUACCACUUUCCGAGGCCAUGUUGGGGCCGUCUACCAGUGUUGCUUCUCGGCUGAUUCGCGGCUGUUGGUGUCUUCGUCAAAGGACACUACAUUGAAGGUAUGGAAUCUGCGCACGGGUAAACUCUCCAUGGAUCUCCCGGGUCACAAAGACGAAGUGUAUGCGGUGGACUGGAGCCCGGAUGGACAGAAGGUUGGCAGUGGUGGGAAGGAUAAGGCCGUUCGGAUAUGGAGGAAUUAA